GAUUCUCAGAAAGUGAGAGAGAGAUGGACGGCAUCGAGCAUCGUACGGUAUCGGUGAACGGCAUAAACAUGCACCUGGCGGAGAAAGGCGCGGGGCCCACUGUUCUCCUCCUCCACGGCUUCCCCCAGCUCUGGUACACGUGGCGCCACCAGAUCCAUGGCCUGGCAGCGCGCGGCUACCGAGCCGUGGCUCCAGACCUGCGCGGCUUCGGAGACACCGACGCCCCACCGUCCUCUGCAAGCUACACCGUCUACCAUAUCGUAGGCGACCUCAUUGCUCUCAUUGAUCUCCUCGGCCAGGAUCAGGUGUUUGUUGUUGGGCAUGACUGGGGCGCAAUCAUGGCAUGGUAUCUAUGCUUAUUUCGGCCGGAUAGAAUCAAGGCUCUGGUCAACCUCAGUGUUAAUUUCAUGCGGCGCCCUCCCGUCAAAACUGUUGAUGCACUGCAUUCCGUCCAUGGAGAAAACCAUUACAUGUGUAGAUUUCAGGAGCCUGGAGCAGCUGAAUCUGACUUUGCUUGCGUUGGUGCUGAGAAAAUAUUCAAGAUAGCGUUUACAUAUCGGCAUUCGGGUCCACUUAUUGUACCGAAAGAUGGAUUUGUAGCUUGGCCUGAUAAGGAACUUAACUUGCCUUCUUGGAUAUCGGAAGCGGAUGUCAGAUACUACGCCGAAAAAUUCAACAAGACAGGCUUUACUGGUGGAUUAAACUACUACAGAGCUUUAAACCUGAAUUGGGAGCUCACAGCACCAUGGGAUGGUUUUCAAGUGCAAGUGCCUACUAAAUUCAUUGUGGGAGACCUAGACCUGACUUAUCACACUCUUGGUGCCAAGGAGUAUAUACACAGCGAUGAAUUCAAGAAAGACGUACCGUUUCUAGAGGAUGUGAUUGUGAUGGAAGGUGUGGCCCAUUUUAUCAACGAGGAGAAGCCAGAUGAAAUAACAGACCACAUUUUUUCUUUCUUCCAGAAGUUUAAUUGACUCAGCUGUUUUAA